AUGACUGCACCACAAAAUCCUAUUACUCGAGCUAUUUGGGAUGGUACCCUACCUAUAAAGUUCUCGCUUGAUGGUACCGAGGCAGCAGAGUUGGGUGCCAAAAUCUCGGUAGAACCUUAUUUUAUAGAAGCUCCACGAUGUUCAUACUUUCCUUUAUUAACGAGUCAAAUAAGAAAAUAUUUCGUAGACAUGGCUUUAAAUUUUAUCGGUGACGACGCGGAAAUCUGGUAUGACGUCGAUGGCAUCCCGCUUAAAUGGCAUUACCCGAUAGGUCUUUUAUUUGACUUGCAUACCGGAUAUCGACCUGAUUCUAACAGCCCACCACCUUUACCAUGGCCGGUUACCGUCCAUUUCAAGAAUUUCCCCUUGGAUAAAUUGAUACGCGCUCAGGCCAUUGACGCAACUCAGGAUUUUUUCAUGUCAAUGAUCAAGGAGGCUGAUUUUCUUCGGAACGGUAGCACGAAGAAAGUGAUGAAUUUAUCGAAAAAUGAUCAGACACAACUUUGGGAUGGGUUAUGGUCCAGUUCCUCGCAAAAAUAUCGUACAGAGAAUUAUGAUCGUUUCUGGAGCGUAAAUUAUCGUCUCGUUAUCAACGAUGGACAAUCACCGAGACAUAUACCAUUACGGAUAUAUUUACCCGAUAACUGUAAUCCGCUUACGUUGGGUGAAGUGUUGCAUCAAAUCCUUCCAGAUCUAUUUCCUUCUCCUUUACCCACGGAAAAUGCAUUCGCCGCUCCCGUUAUUCAUGGU